AUGAAUUUGGGUCGAUCGAUACGUAUCAAUAAGUGCGGGGUCGUGAUACUGGGGCUGCUGUUCAUGUGCAUUUUGUACUACCUCUGGAACAGCAAUGGUGCGAAUGGGGCCAGCUACGCGUUCAGCAAAAAUCCGAACGAAAUCAAUCUGCGCAAAUUGCUGAUCGGCUCAAUACAGGCCGCCCAGCACGGAGGGUUCGAGGUGGUAGCUGUGUCGAAAAUGCGAGAUCUGCACGAGCAAAGCAAAGGAAAAACGAAGGAAGGAGCAAACAAUCCGGUCACUGAUGCCGAUUAUCGGUCAAACUGUGUGAUGAAGAAUGGGUUGUUGCGCAUAUUUCCCAAGCUGAAGGUGAUCUCCGAGGAGGACGAUAGGCAGGAACAGUGCGCCGAGGUACAGCUGUUCGAUCUUGAUCCUACCGUGCUGCCCGAGAGCGUUACCGUGCCGGACGAACGUGUCAGCAUAGAUGAUGUGGAUGUGUGGAUAGACCCGCUGGACGCCACCCAGGAGUAUACCGAACGUCUCCAUGAGUACGUCACCACAAUGGUAUGCGUAGCGGUAAAGGGUGUCCCUACGAUUGGCAUCAUACAUAAUCCCUUCACGAUGAAAACAACUUGGGCCUGGCGCGACAGGGCUCUGUCCGAGUCGCUGGCCAAUCUAAAGCAUGAUGCUGACGUGAAGCAUCCAACGAUCAUCGUGUCCCGUUCGCACGCCGGGGCUGUAAAGGAACAAUCGAAGCAAAUUUUUGGCGAAAACGCACAAGUCAUUUCGGCCGGUGGUGCCGGCUUCAAAGUGCUCCAGGUGAUACAGAACAACGCCACGGCGUACCUGCACACGACGCACAUAAAAAAGUGGGACAUUUGUGCCGGCGAUGCCAUACUCGGUGCGAUCGGCGGUAGAAUGAGCGAUUUGCACAAUGAAAAUAUAGUGUACCACCGCGAUACACCUGCGCUCAACCCGAACGGGCUACUGGCCACUGCCCUGACGGAAACACAUGAAGCGUACAUUAAACGAAUAGUGGAAAGCAAACGUUUUGUACGGUAA